AUGAAUAUGGAGGGCGGAGCAUUGACGUUCGUCUUCCUGGUGCUGUCGCGCCUCCUAGGACGCUCGGCUUCUCAGGAAUGCCAUGGAGUCCUCACCGAUCCGGUUGGGGAGAUCCAUUCCCCCGGGUAUCCUGGUUCCUAUCCCCCAAACGUCGAUUGCCAAUGGGUCAUUCAAGCUCUAGCGACCCAGAAAAUCCUCCUGUCUUUCAACUAUUUCAACUUGGAGGAGCACGCGGAUUGCCUCUCGGGCGACUACCUUUACGUGUCGGACCCCGAGGGCGACUCCCACAUUUUCUGCGGGUCGGAGGACCCUGGCACCAUCGAGUCGGUGGGGAACACGCUCUACGUCCAUUUCAUCUCGGACGAAGACGACGAGAGCGGGUUCGGGUUCAGUGCGACCUACAUGGCGAUGACGAUGUGCGAGGGGGGCUGGGAGGGAUUCGGGUCGCACUGCUACUUCUUCUCGGAGGAGGAAAUGGCCUUCGACGAGGCGAGGACGGACUGCGAGGCCAGGAACGGGCAACUGACGAGCAUUCACUCCAGGGAGGAGCAGUUGUUCAUUCAGGAACUUGCGAAGACUGGCACCGUUUGGAUCGGCGCCACGAACACGGGGCUGCUCGGGGAAGAUGACGAUCCCUUCGGCUUCGAGUUUUUGGAUGGAACGCCCAGUGAUUACCACAACGUUUGGCAGUGGGUGACGGACCGUCCGCUGAGCAGCUGCUCGUCCGGGUGCGGGACCGCCAUGGUCCCGGAUCGGUGGACGAACCUGGACUGCACCGAACACAGACCCGUGAUCUGCGAGUCCGUUCAGUCCCACGGGGACGACUGGUACUGCUUCGACGACCCCGUCUGCUUCCACGUCUCGACCCGGUCGUUCGACUUCGACGCGGGCAGGUCCUACUGCCUGGACUUCUGGGGAGCCGACAUCCUCUCCAUCGGAGCCACGGAACGGCACCAGGCGAUCCUGGCCCUCUGCUUCGAGCACGACGACCGCUUCCCGCAUCCCCUGCCGAAGUGGAGCGAGUUCUGGGUCGGAAUGAGGCAGGACGCGACCGGGGACUGGAGCUGGGCCGACGGGUCUCCCGUCGACGUGGACCGCUGGGACGAGGGGAGUCCGGUCGCGGGGGGCGGCGACUGCGCCGUCACGGUGACAUCCUCGUGGGAUGAUCUCCAGGGGAGUUAUCCCGCGUCGUAUGUCUGCAAGAUGUCGCCCCGAGGGAGUUUCAACGUUUAA